UCAAAUCACCUAACCCACAUUGGAAAAAAGGUCACCGCUGAUCUACAUGAAGAAAAUUCUUCCAAACCUUUCCUUUGCGAACGAAUUUUCAAUCUAAAUGUCGUAGCCAACCACUCCCUCUCUCUGUUUCCAUGUCGUUUUCGAUCACCUGUCCUCUACCUUAUCUGAUACACAUUGAGUGAUUCAAAGAACUUGGCUCCUCUUGCAGAAUUCGAUUCCUCUCUUCUUAUCGAUAGCUUUCCAUUUUUUCCUUUGUUCUGCAUUUGAUUUUUUGCUAAAGCUGAAAGUUCACUCUCUGCAAGGAAAAAUGGAGAAUGGAUUCAAAAAAGCGGAAAAGGAUGGAGAUUAUGGUCCUUCGCAAGAGAUUGACCCUGCAAAGCCUGCUCUGUUGACAUGGCAACGACGGUUGGAUGGCAAUGGGAAUGUGCCGUCAGAAUUCGCCCUUACUUAUCGAGAGACCAUGCACAUGGCUCCAGUUGGAUUUCGACUAUGGCUACACACUAGGGAAGAAGCUGCAAAAGGACGAGCAUCAAUAUUUGACAUUUUCAGAAAACACUAUGUCAGCGGCGAUCAUGGUGUACCUUUAGGUGGUAUUGGGUCAGGAAGCAUUGGAAGAAGCUACAGGGGUGAAUUCCAACGUUUUAAACUGUUCCCAAUAAAAGGCGAGGAGGGCCCAGUAUUGGCAAACCAAUUUUCUGCAUUUGUUUCACGCGGAAAAGGUGAAAGAUUAUCAACUGUUUUAUGUGCAAAGAGCCCAGAGUUGUCCAAAGAUGGCAGUGGUGUGGGCAUUGAAUCUUGGGAUUGGAAUCUAAAAGGGGAGUUGUGUACAUACCAUGCUUUGUUUCCAAGGGCUUGGACAAUAUAUGAGGGUCAGCCAGACCCCGAACUUAAAAUCAUUUGUCGUCAAAUUUCACCUUUUAUUCCCCACAAUUACAAAGAGAGUGGUUUCCCAGUCUCAGUGUUUACAUUCACGCUCUCUAAUUCUGGGAAGACCUCUGCUGAUGUUUCUUUGCUUUUUACAUGGGCUAAUUCAGUUGGCGGGGUCUCCGGCUUUUCUGGUGGUCACUUCAACGCAAAAAUGAAAACGGAAGAUGGAGUGCGUGGAGUUCUUCUACAUCACAAAACCGCAAAUGGACAUCCUCCACUCACUUUUGCUAUUGCUGCGAAGGAAACAACCGAUGUCCAUGUCUCAGAAUGCCCUUACUUCUUGAUAUCUGGCAAUUCUCCAGGAAUCACUGCUAAGGAUAUGUGGCAGGACAUUAAAACGCAUGGAUCAUUUGACCACCUUGGUCACAAUGGAAUUUCGCCUUCAGAACCAGGAUCAUCGAUCGGAGCUGCCAUAGUAGCGUCUGUGACUGUUCCUUCUGGUUCUGUUCGUACUGUCACAUUUUCACUGGCAUGGGAUUGUCCAGAAGUGAGAUUUAAUGAGAAGACAUAUCACAAGCGUUAUACAAAAUUCUAUGGCUUUCUAGGGGAUGCAGCAGCAAAAAUUGCACAUGAUGCUAUUUUUGAGCAUGCUGAUUGGGAAUCGCAGAUAGAAUCAUGGCAAAAACCAAUUCUUGAAGACGAAAAACUUCCUGAAUGGUACCGUGUGACACUCUUCAAUGAGCUCUACUAUUUUAAUGCCGGGGGCACAAUAUGGACAGAUGGAUUACCUCCAAUGCGAAGUUUAGUAUCCAUUGGAGAGAAGAAAUUCUCUCUUGAUAAGCCCAGGUUAUAUCAGAAUAAGAAUAUUGACGUUGCUAAUCAGAAUGACAUGGCUACUGAAAUCCUUGAGAGGAUGACAUCAACACUUGAGAGGUUACAUACUCCACUAAUGUCAAAUGCAGCAUUUGGGACCAAUUUACUUCAGGAUGGGGAAGAAAACGUUGGUCAUUUCCUUUAUCUUGAAGGGAGUGAAUACCUCAUGUGGAAUACUUAUGAUGUCCACUUUUACUCAUCCUUUGCUCUACUCAUGCUGUUCCCAAAACUUGAACUUAGCAUUCAGAGAGACUUUGCAGUUGCAGUUAUGAUGCAUGAUCCAAGUAAAAAGAAAAUAAUGAGUGAUGGAAGGUGGGUUCCAAGAAAGGUUCUUGGUGCUGUUCCCCAUGAUAUUGGGCUCAAUGACCCUUGGUUUGAAGUAAAUGCUUAUAACCUAUUUUAUACAGAUAACUGGAAAGAUUUGAAUUCCAAGUUUGUUCUCCAAGUGUACAGGGAUUUCAUUGCAACUGGCGAUAAAAAUUUUGCAAUAGCUGUUUGGCCUUCAGUUUAUACUGCAAUGGCUUUUUUGGACCAGUUUGAUAAAGAUGGGGAUGGGAUGAUAGAGAAUGAGGGCUUCCCUGAUCAAACCUAUGAUGCGUGGUCUGUUACUGGUGUGAGUGCGUAUUGUGGGGGACUUUGGGUAGCAGCUCUUCAAGCUGCAUCAGCUAUUGCUCUUGAAAUUGGAGAUUCUGCAUCUGCCACUUACUUCCACGUCAAGUAUCAAAAGGCAAAAGCUGUAUUUGGCAAAUUAUGGAAUGGCUCCUAUUUCAAUUAUGAUAACAGUGGGGGUAGCUGCAGUAGGUCCAUUCUGGCUGAUCAGUUGGCUGGACAAUGGUAUGCUAGAGCAUGUGGUCUCAUGCCAAUCGCAGACGAUAACCAAGUGAGGAGUUCUCUUGAGAAGAUUUACCAAUUUAAUGUCUUAAAGGUAAAAGGAGGAAUGCAUGGGGCAGUGAAUGGUGUACUUCCAAAUGGGGAAGUUGAUUUGGCAACUAUGCAAUCAAGGGAAAUAUGGACUGGAACUACCUACGCUCUUGCUGCUAAUAUGAUUCAAGAGGGAAUGGUGGACACAGCAUUUAAGACAGCAGCCGGUAUCUAUGAAGUUGGCUGGUCCCAGGAUGGUCCGGGCUAUUCUUUUCAAACUCCUGAAGCCUGGAACACCAACGGCCAAUACAGAUCUCUCUGUUAUAUGAGACCAUUGGCCAUAUGGGCAAUGCAAUGGGCCCUGACAAAACCAAAGCUUGUCACCAAGGAGAUGAUGCAUGAAGUCAGUGAUGACCCUAUUACAUAUCUUAAGCAUCAUGCAGAAUUUUCCAAAGUUGCUAGCCUUUUAAAAUUGCCUGCGGAGAAGGAAAAUCCUAAGAGCUUCCUACAGACUUCCUAUGAGUUCAUUUUGAGGAUAUUGCCAUUUUAAUAUUCGCUUCUUUUUUUUCCCUUUUUUCUUUUUUGUUUUAUCAUUAGUCAUUUAAGCGGAUUGAAAGUUCAAAUUGUUGGCAUUAAAUAUGUAUCAAUCACAAUUUAUGUCAUGUUAAAUAAGAUUUUAUCCUAAGAAAAUAUUGUGUUUGAU